AUGUCGGAUCAAGACUUCACCUAUCAGUUCCGCCUCAUCCUCCUGGGAGACAGUACUGUGGGCAAGUCCAGUAUACUCCGCCAGUUCAAGGAGGGGACUCAUUUCCCAGACAUCAGUCUCACCGUGGGCGUCGACUUCCACGCCAAGCUCGUGCACGUGUCCGGAAAUCCCAUAAAGCUCCAGCUAUGGGACACGGCGGGGCAGGAUCGCUUCAGAGCCAUAGUAAGGGCAUACUACCGUAACGCAGUCGGCGGGCUGCUCGUGUUCGACAUCUGCAACCGGGAAUCGUUUGCCAAUGUCGGGACUUGGCUGGAUGACGCGCAGAGGAACGCGGAGCCGCACAAACCCGUGUUUGUCCUGGUGGGGAACAAAACCGACCAGGCCAAGUACAGAGAGGUGUCACGUGACGAUGCCGUUCUCUUUGCUAGCCAGCACGGUAUGGACUACUACGAAACCUCGGCCAAGAACGGCUCAAACGUGGAAGAGGUGUUUCACAAGCUAGCUGAGAAAAUCUUCACGUUGGUCGACGACGGAGUAAUUAGAGUCGAAGAGGGCUGGGACGGAGUGAAGAAAGGUAGCAGGAAAGAAUCGAGUUCCACUCACUCGCUGCAAAGAAACGGAAGUGGGAGACAUGGGAGAACCGUAACUCUGACUUCGGGGCAAAGCUGGAGAGGAGAAGGGGCAUCGAACGGAGGACAACGAGGACCACAGGAGAGAAAGAAGUGCUGCUAG